AAAAAGGCAUACAGAUUCAGGAUGUUUGGAGACCAUUCCAUACAUGAGGAAAGAAACAAGCUACACAACAAGUAUGCUAUGGCCAUGGACAUGGUAAAAAUGACAUGCUGGAUGGAAUGGUUGGAAGCAGCAGGAAGCAGCAGCAUAUGGGAAAUAUGCAGUUUCAUAUCACAACCAUUCUCAGAU